UUUCUCCACCGCCGUACCUUUUCGUAACGGCGUUCAGCGUUUUCUCUCUGAUCACGCGCGUAUUACUUUUCCGCCUUCUCUAUUUCCGUCGUUGAUGACGUGGCAGAUCUUGUUCCGUGUUGGUGAACACGUUGAUGGUUCUGAUCUUUCGUCUGCUAUGGUUACGCUCGACAUUGUUGAAGAGGAUGUUACUCGUUCUCGUAGUUCGGUUUAUUGUGACCAGUGCCGAGUUGUUGGAUGGAGUUGUCAUCCUGUAUGUCGAAAACGAUAUCAUUUCAUAAUAAGGUCUGCAAGUGAUGCCAUCGAAGCAUAUCAAAGACCUUGUUCAAGAUGUGGAUCUCUUCUGCAAUUAUCUGAACCAAGCAGGUGUAAAUCGUGUAACUUUGACAUUUCUGUUGACGAUCUUGAGGAUUGGGUGUAUCUUCAAAUUGAAGAUAACACACAUCUUCUGCAUGGAGUCGUCCACGCCAAUGGUUAUGGUCACUUGCUUACUCUCAAUGGAAAAGAAGGUGGCUCUAAGCUUCUUUCGGGAUCUGAUAUUAUGGGUUUUUGGGAUAGGCUUUGUGCUGCAAUUUCUGUUAGGAAGGUCAGUGUGAUGGAUUUGUCCAAGAAGUUUAGUCUGGAUUAUCGAUUGCUUCAUGCAGUCACCAAAGGGCAUUCUUGGUAUGGCAAUUGGGGUUAUGAAUUUGGGACUGGUUGCUAUGCUCUUACCAAAGAUGAGUACAAGAAGUCCGUAGAUACCUUGUCCAACAUGCCUUUGUCCUCAUUUUUAUUCCAGGGUCGAGGGCCUAGAAACCGCUUGCAGUCUGUUAUUUCUCUUUACCAAUCUUUGGCAGAAACUGAACUUGUCACAGUUAAAGACCUCUUCUCCUUUUUGUUGGCAUUGGUUCAUAAAUUUCGUAAGCCCAGAAGUAAUAGGUCUGCUAAACAACAUGAAUACACAAGUCCAUGUAAUUUAUUAUGUGCAUGGACAAUAAACGAUGUAGAAGACGUGCAACAGGCUUUGAUCAAGGUAUUGCUUGCUUCAGGUGCGAGUAAUGAGUCCAAAUGGGUAACAAGGCAAACUCUCAAGGGAGCAGUGAGUAGGCGUGUUGGAUCUCCAGAGCUUCUGGACUACAGUCUUAAGCACUUGCAAGGGAAAUUAUCUGCAAAUGGAUUGGUUGUAAAUUCGCGUUGCAAUCCCAUAUCUAGUGCUAUCGAGUUCAGAUUGGGACCUUUGAUGACUGGAUUUAGCUCAAAUUCAAACUAUCCUUCAGAAGAGCAAGUGAUUUCUGAUUUGACAUUCUUAUUUAAUUCAAUUCUUCACCCUGAAAAAAUGAUCAGCUACAGACCUAAGAUUAUGAGGAAAAAGGUGGCUGAUGCAGCCAGGAAGCUUCUUGACUGUAAGCAGUUUAUGAAGGACUAUAAAACUGAUCAAAUGAACACAGAACCAUCUUCAGUUAUUAAUCUGUGGUGUCAUGUUGAGCUUUCUGACCAGCCUAAAGAUGACCACCCAUCACCCCCGCCAGAGCUUGUUGUGUUGCCUUUGGAUGCUACUGUUGCUGACCUCAAGGAAGAAGUCACUAGGGCUUAUCAAGAGGUAUAUGCAAUGUACAAAAGAUUUCAAGCUGAGGAACUUCUAGGAUAUGGUUCCAUCAGUGAUUUACUCACUGUCAAAUUCCUAAUGGGAACAAGUGGAUCAGUUCAAGUUCAAGGAAGAUGUCCAGCUAAACAUGGCUUAAGUCGUUUCCGAAUGGAACGAGGAACAGAAGAGUGGAAAGUUGAUUGCAUUUGUGGUGCUAAGGAUGAUGAUGGAGAGAAAAUGUUAGCAUGUGAUACUUGUGGUGUCUGGCUGCAUACCAGAUGUGCUGGAAUUGGGAGUUCUGAUGGUAUGCCUUCCAAGUUUAUAUGUAUAAGAUGUGUUAACUCAUACCGUCGGGGAACAAAAAAAUUGCCAGUCUCUAGCGUGGGAGAUGGCGAGGCUUGUAAAUUGAACACAUCUUGCAGAGAUGAAGCGGUAGCUACUGACUCUGCAGCUGUUGCUUGUAAUAUAAAUGUGAAUUUUGGUGUACGUUGAGUGUAUAGUCUUUGUAUGUAUAUGUAUAGUUAAGUUAUUGGCUAGGUUUUAAUGUUAUGCCAGAUGGACCAAUAGAUUAUGAAUCCUUUGGAAACCUGUUUUUGAGAGCCCAGUCUCUUUUGUCAGGUUAGCAAUAUCAAAAUUAACAAAGAUGCGUCCACCCUGACAGCUUUGUUUUCAUAUCUUUUGGAUGGUAUUUUUGCUUCAUGCUUUGUUUUACAAAUGCAAGCAAUUGCUGCUUCCUGGUUCGAUGAUGUAAACUGUUUUAGUUCAAAAACUUCAUAGCACCGUAAGACCAUUUGUGUCUGUA